AUGGCUAGCCGUGACAUCAACGCGGCCAUCGGCGCAGGGGGGGCGGCUCACGACUUCGACGCCGCCCAGUUCCAGCUGCCGAGCCACCAGUGCAUCAAUUUCGGAUGGCGGAAGGCCGCGGGCGUCAACAACUCGCGCGGCAUGGCGGUCAUGGUGAGCCGGCGGCUUCGCAGCCAGUUGCAGCGCAUUGCCUGUCCGCCCGCACAGAGAGGCAUCGCAGGCCGAGCGGCGAUGGCAGUCGUCGCGGCGGGGGCCAUGAGCGCAGCGACCUUCCCGAUCUACUUGCCGCCGAGAGGGUUCGCCGUCGCCGCACACAGGAGCACCGCCCGCAACGUCCUCGAAUGGGCGCAGCAGGAGCUCGACCAGCUUGGACACAAUUGCUUACCAAUCGCGAUGUGUGACUACAACUGCGCGUUCGGCAUCCGCGCGGACGUUGCAGGGCGCAGGUUCAUCGGGGAGACCGGCGCCGCUGGCAUCGCGGAGCCUGCGCCCGAGAAAAGCACCCGCCAGAUCGCGCGGAACAUCUGGGAAGGCAACCACCCCGCGAUGGCCUUGUGCAUGUGCAUCUUCCGCCGCCGGUACGUGAACGAGCACGAUCGGAAAUGCGUCCCCGAGCGCUUUAGCAGGCGGUGCGAUGACCUGCUGGCUCUGAUACGCCUGACAGGGGCCCUCGACAUCCAUGCGCCAUUGAAAGACCAUGACGAGAGCCCUGCGCUCUUCUUCGGGCCCCAGGGCCAUAGCGAACAGGUCCUGAUCGGGAAGUCCCUCGCAGAGCUGGGGGCCAGCACGUGCGCCUCCCUGCGCGCCGUCUGGCAGGGCCACCCCGUCUGCGGCGGCCGGGCCGCCGUGCACUGGGCCGGGCUGCACGACGCGAGCGGUGCCGCGCACGCCGCCGAGUCGGAGGGCCUGUGGGCCGCGCAGGAGGCGAUCGGCGACUCGAUCCUGCUGCGGCUGCCCGCCAGCUGGGUCGAGCGGAGGCCGCAGGGCAGGAGCAGCGCCAUCGUCCGCCCCGGCUCGCACUGGCACCAGUUCGCCGCGCUGUUCGGCGAGGUGGCGGAGGUGGCGCUGGUGUGGGGGAGCGCGGCCGACCCCUCCUCGGUGGAGCUCCUGGCGGAGUUCCGCGAGAGGGAGUCCGCGCGUGGCAUGUACGUGACGCUCGCGCGGCGGUUCCUGCACAACCCCCUGAGCGGCGGAAAGGACGCCGUGUGCCCCGUGGUCUGCAGGAGUGGCAUGGCGUGGAGGCUGCGGGCGCUGGCGGGCAUGCCCAGCGCCGCAGACGUGCUGCGGGGCGUCUGGCUGGGCGACGCGGCCGUCAGCGGCGCUCUGGCCGGAGAGGCUCCCGCGCGGGCCGCGGGGGCGCCCGCCCGGCCGGCCGAGAGCGCCUCGGCCGCGCAGGCCGCCGACGACGACGACGAGGGGCCAGUCUAUCAGCUGCUCCGGCUGGGCGGGAAGCGGCCCUCGUCGGUGGCGCUGUCGCGGCAGAAGCCGUCGGCGACCCUGGGCCGCAGUCGGGAGUGCGACCUCGUGGUGGCGAGCCACCUGCUGUCUCGGGAGCAUGCGCUGCUCAGCCUCCUGGGGAGCGGCGAGCUGUUCGUCGAGGACCGUUCGACGAACGGCACCUGGAUGAACGGGAAGAAGCUCGCGCCGAGGCUGCUGACGCAGCUGCAGGACGGAGACGUGCUGAGGUUCAACGAGCCGAAGGGCGACGGCGACCUGCAGGACCCCGCCUUCGAGGUGCGGCUGUUGCAGGGAGCGGACGGCGCGCUCACCCCGCGCCCGCCGGCGACGCCGCGCCCGCGCACAGCCGCCGCGGGCGCCGCCGCCGAGGGCGCCGCGGCCGCGGCGGCGCGGCCCGCGGCGGAGAGGUCCGCCGGAGUGCCCACGGGGGGUGGCACGACUGCGGCAGCGCCUUCUGCGGGGUCGGCGCCGUCGGGGGGCGGCGAGCGCGCAGCGCGAGACCGGCGCGAUGGCGCGGGGGCAAUGGCCGCCGCUGCCGCCGAUGAGCGCGCGCGGCAGGAAGAUCCUGCGGAGAGGCGGCAGCGCCUGGCCCUCGCCGAGCAUAAUCGGCGACAGGAGCUGCUCGGCACGGUUCAGGGGGCGUACCGUGCGCUCAAUCAGCCCCUGGAGGUGGGCAUGAACAGCUGGUCCGAACAGAGGUUGCGAGAGGCGCACGAUCGCUUGAUGCACCGUUCGCGCGGCGGCGGGCAGGAUGUGGAGCGCGCCGGCGGCGAUGCAACGAAGGCGGCCGCGGCCUCAGGCGCGCCGGGCAGGGGCCGCGUGCCCGUCUGCCCGCCGGCCAAGCGGGCGGCGCCGCCCGCCCUGUUGCAGACCGCCAUCGCCGACAUCUGCAGCACCAUGGUGUCGCAGGAUACGGGCACCUUCUGGUCGAAGACGCUUGCCUCGCCUCGAUUACGAUGCUUGCGCGUUGGCACUAGGUUCGCUGGCGAGGACUUCGUCCUGCAGCUGGACAGCCACUACAGGAUGGCGGAGGGCUGGGACGAGGAGUUGGUGUCGCAGCUGCGCCUCUGCGCCAGCCCAAAGCCCAUCCUGACGACCUACCCUUCGAGCUACACGCUCCCGGAGGACUACUGCCCCGGCGGCCCAGACCGGGCGAGGUUGAACCCACAGACGCACCCGAUCGUGAUGUGCGCGCGGGAGUUCGGUGAGGCCGACGGCUUCCUAAGGAGCGGCGGCAAGGCGGUGUUCGCGGAGCGCCUGGGGGCCACGCCGCCAGCGUCGCUGUUCUGGGCGGCCGGGUUUGCGUUCUGCUCCUCCGCGGUGCUCGAGGAGGUCCCGUACGACCCCGGGCUCGAGGACCUCUUCUUCGGAGAGGAGCCCUGCAUGGCCGCCCGGCUCUGGACGUCGGGCUGGGACUUCUUCGCGCCGACGCGGGUCCUGGGCUACCACCUGUGGACCCGGAGCCACCGGCCCGUGUUCCGCGAGCACGCCGGGGAGGAGCGGCGGCGGCGCGAGGCGUCCUCGCAGGCCCGCGCGCGACGGCUCCUCGCGGAGGCCGUCGCUGAUUCGGCAGACCGCUACGGCCUGGGGUCCAGGCGCAGCGCCAGCCCUGGACCUCCCGCAGCUGCGGGAGCUCCUCGGCGGCGCGGGCGCCACGCCCUCGGCGUCGUCCACGAGCCCGCCCGCCAGGGCGCCCGACGCGAAGCCGACGACGGCUGCCGUGCCCAUCCUUGGGCUGAUGCCCGACCAGGUGGCCCAGACCCUCGGCGCGCUGCUCGGCGCCGCCCCCGCGGCGGCCCUCGCCGGCCAGCAGCCGCGCGAGCUGGACGCCAGCGCCGCGCGGCCUUCGCCGCGGCCCCCCGCGCUGCUGCGUCCCCCGUCGGAGGGCCCCUCCUCGCCCCUGGGAGGCCUGCUGCUCCCGGAGGAGGUGCACGCCCUCAACACCCAGGGUUUCGUCGUGGUGGACGGGUUCCUCCAGUCCACCGCUGCUACGAGAGGCUCGCCCUGCGCGGCGACUGCUGCCCCAGGGCCCCGGAGGCCGCCUGGAAGGCCGCGGCCGCCGUGGCGCCCGCCGUGGCGCGCGCGGGCGCCGCCGGGGUGCCGCUGAGGCCCGCUGGGCUCGGCGGCGGCGACCGCACGUGGAGCAGCACCGUGGUGCGCGGCGACGAGAUGGCGUGGCUGAGCACGCCGCAGGGUGACUCCGUCCUGCGGCAGGCCGCGCGCCGGGUGUUCGGUGGCCUCCUCCGCGAGGAGUCGGAGCACGCCGACUGUUCACCUGAACAAGUUCCGGAGGGCCGCGCUCCCGAGCUGCCCGAGGAGGGGCCCUCGUGCGGGGACCUCGGCGUGCUGCUCUCGCAGCUGGUCGGGCUGCGCCAGGAGCUCGACGAGGUCUACGGCCUCGCCUCCACGCGCAUGAGCCUGAUGCUGGCGCGGUAUCCCGGCACCGGUGCCUACUACACCCGCCACUUGGACGCGCAGCCAGGCCGCGAUGGCCCCCAGCGGCGGCUGACGGCUUUGUACUACCUCAACCCGUCGUGGUCGCCGGAGCACGGCGGCCGCCUGCGGGCUUACUUGCCCGAGGCGGUGGGGGCGGAGGUCGAGGGCGCGCGCUGCCUGGGCGACGGCGAGUGGGCGCUCGACAUCGACCCGCUCAGCGACCGCCUGGUGCUCUUCUCCAGCCAGUGGCUCCCAGCGAGGUGCUGCCCGUGCACUCCGAGCGGCUCGCCGUGA